AGAUAAAAUGGAUAGUGUCAUGGCGUUGAGGCAGUAUUCCUAGGAAAGCGCCUGAAGCAAUUUAUCGAAGUUAGACGUUAGAUAAGAUAAGAUUAGAGAAAGUGACAUACAAUAACAGUAUACUUUAUAAUUAUCUAACAAUUAUCAAAUCUUGUCAACUCAAUGCUAUAAGUUGAGAAUCCCAGGCACGCCAUAAACAAGCAAUAUGGUCGACUAUAGUGAGUGGCGCCUAUUGACAAGACGCGUGUUUAUAAGUUAAAUUGAAGAUUACGUAUUGAUGAAACGGUAAUCAGUUAAAAAAUCGCACGAUGGCACAAGCAAAACUCAAUGUACCGGAGAAAUCCGGUGGUACUCUUAAAGAAAAGGACAAAGAUACUGAAGAAAAAGAAGGUUGUACUACUGUGCCAGAAUGUGCAGUAUGUUUACAGCCUUGUAUUCACCCAGCAAGAUUACCCUGUAGUCACAUAUAUUGCUACUUGUGUGUAAAGGGUGUUGCGAAUCAAAGUAAACGUUGUCCAAUGUGCCGUCAAGAGAUUCCACCAGAUUUCCUUGAGAGACCUCAAUUGGUAGAAGUUGAAGAGACACAAAAAGAGUCAGAACAUUCAGAAGAAGAGUACCAGUGGUUUUAUGAAGGUCGAAAUGGUUGGUGGCAAUACGACGAACGAACGAGUAUCGAAUUAGAAACGGCAUAUAAGCAAGGCAGAAGAAAUUGCGAGCUGCUAAUUGCAGGAUUUCUUUACAUCGCCGAUUUCGGCUCUAUGCUACAGUUACGCAGAAACGAUCCUUCUAGACGAAGAAGAAUCAAAAGAGAUCUGUAUAAUGUUCCAAGGAAAGGAGUUGCCGGGUUACGGCUUAACGUGCAAGACGAGGAGAUUGUAAGAGAAAUAAGAGGCGCGGAACGUCCAGCUAGUCCCGCGAGCGAUAGUAUGGGUACAGGAGAUGGAACAAAUACCCCGAUACCACCUAGCAAUACACCGCAGACACCUGCAGGUGGGACAGCGAGCGGCGACGCAACACCUCUGAACGACAGGAUAGAUCAGAGAUCGGAAUCCUUGCAUCAAGUUCUGGAACAAAUGCGCUCACUUGUUUUAAGAGAGCAUUUAUCUCUGAGCAGUGAUAACGAAGAAGAUACGGAGGAUGUAGCGAUUCCGGAUCACGCCGCUCUCUCAUAGCUACAAACGUUAAAAGCAUAUUCGUCACAGACAAUGAUAAUCGUGUUUAAGAAUCUCCGUCUUGUUCUCAAACUCUUCAUCGUGAUGUUACAAGCGUUCGACUCAACAAGAUAGUAUACUACACACAUAUACGCGAUAUUACGUUUGCUAUGGACGCGACAAUGUACAAACUUUAUUGAUCUAGCGUACAGCAUUGCUCAACUAUAAGACGUACGAGAAUUCAUGUACAAUUAAGUCUUUCAACUUGAAUCGUUAUUUUUAUUCAAUAAGUAAGUAAUCCUUCCUUUUUCUGCUUUUAAAAGUCUCUAAUUAUAUUUGAUUUUUGAUAAGAGAUUAAUAUCGUUGUGAUAAUGUGUAGUGAAUGAGCGUUCCCUUGAUGAUUGGCAAAAGUAAAUCUACAUAUAAUUUACCUUAUAAUUUAUUAUAUAUAUAUAUAUAUAUAUAUAUAUAUAUAUAUAUAUAUAUAUAUAUAAUUAUUUGUUUUUAUGGAGAAUAAUUAAUGUACUUAAAACUUCGACUUAUUUUGAGAGUUAUUACGUUAUAUACGUAAUGAGAAAAAAAAUAGUGUAAAAUAAGAUUGGAGUACUACAGUCGUUCAGACACAUUAAAGUUUCUAAUAAAAAUGUGUUCAUGCCAUAAAGGCGCGUAGAGAAAAGUAUAACGAAAAAACGAAAACAUUUAUUCUUAUGACAAGAUUGAGUGCAAUACACAAUAAUCAGUGAUUACUGGCUUUAAGUGAACUCUGUAAUUCUCGAUGUUCAGAACUCUGGAGUUAUCUUCGUCUUUCUUGUAUUGCACAUAAAAAUAAAAGAAACGUCGUCGACAA